GUGCCUGUGACGUCAGGGGCGGGGCGUGGAGGGAGGGACGGGAGUGGGAAGGCCGCUCCCUCGCCCGGAGGAGGGGAACGGGGAUCAAGAUGGUCUACAUCGCGAACGGACAAGUGUUGGACAGCAGGAGUCAGUCCCCAUGGAGAUUAUCUUUGAUAACAGAUUUCUUCUGGGGAAUAGCUGAGUUCGUGGUUUUGUUUUUCAAAACUCUGCUUCAGCAAGAUGUGAAAAAGGGAAGAGGCUACGGAAACUCAUCUGAUUCCAGAUAUGAUGAUGGAAGAGGGCCCCCAGGAAACCCUCCCAGAAGAAUGGGUCGAAUUAAUCAUCUGCAUGGCCCCAGUCCUCCUCCAAUGUCUGGUGGAUGAGGAAGGUAA